AUGGCGACCACUAACAUGCCGCUGAGGAUCCUCUCGCUCGAUGGAGGUGGCAUACGCGGCCUAUCGAGCCUGCUCAUCUUAGAGGACAUCAUGGAGAAGAUCCGCGAUGCGGAGGGACUAGAUCGUGUCCCGCGACCCUGCGAAUGCUUUGACUUCAUCGGCGGCACCAGCACGGGAGGAAUCAUCGCGAUCAUGCUCGGACGGUUGCGCAUGAGUGUCGACGAGUGUAUCCGAGCGUAUAAAAAGGUCGCGCAGCAGGCCUUCACGCCUAAGAGAACGACAAUCUUCCCCGCAUCGCCUUCCGGCGCCUUCUCCGCGAAAGCCCUCGAGGAGGCGAUCAAACAGACGGUCAGAGACUUUUGUAGUCAACCAGAGUGCAUUGCCCGACGCAUGCACGGCACUACAACGGCCGAGACGUGCCCACAUGGGGAGAUGGCAUUCCGCGAUGGGUCGUGCACCAAGACUGUCGUCCUGGCGAUCACGAAGGACAACGUCGACGCGCGACCGACCCUGUUCACGACAUACGACACGUCUGCCGCUCUGCAUGGCUGCACGAUCUGGGAGGUAGCGCGGGCGACGUCGGCGGCGACAACCUUCUUCAAGCCCAUUAGGGUCGGUCGAGACGGCGUUAAGUUUAUUGACGCUGGGUUCGGAUACAACAAUCCAUGCGAAGUUUUGAUCGAAGAGGCCCAGCGGCAGUUCCCGGAAGGUCGAGCAAUACGGGUCCUCAGCAUCGGAACCGGGCUUGGAGACGUCGUUGAGAUCGGCAACACGCGGCUGUCGAUCAUCACUGCACUGAAGAAGAUGGCCACAUCUUCGAAGAAAGUGGCAGCGAGCCUCGCUGACCGAUAUGGCGAAAGUGGCCAGUACUACCGAUUCAACGUCGACCAGGGCCUACAGGAUAUCGCACUCUCUGACUGGGACAAGGCCAGCACGAUCUCGGCACAUACGCGCAACUACCUGAGCGACAAGCAAAGGGCGAUCAAGACCUUCGCCGCUAAAUUCACUAAAGCAGGCUUUGAAGGGGACAAUGGAGAAACCGCGCAGACAGUGGCGCCGGCCGCUGAGCUCAGCGGCGCGCGGAACAGUGGUGUCGCUGAGCCGUGGUAUCACGUUCCGUUUCCAAGAAAUAAACGCUUUGUCGGGCGAGACGACACACUCCUCACGCUCAGGGACAUACUAUUCGUCCAGGAGAGCCAGAGGGUCGCACUCGUCGGACUCGGCGGUGUAGGCAAGACGCAAGUGGCUCUGCAGCUCGCAUUCUGGACGAAGGAGAACAAAGCCGAGUGGUCCGUCUUUUGGGUGCCGGCGCUGAGCGAGGCCACAUUUGAGCAGGCCUAUACGGACAUCGCAAGGGAGCUGAAGAUUCUCCGCAGUGAUGACGAAGACAUAAAGGAGUCUGUGCGGCAGUACCUAAGCUCAGAGGCGGCUGGGCGAUGGCUUCUCGUCGUAGAUAAUGCGGACGACGUCAAAGUCGUCUGUGGGAGUCAAGAUGCGUCAGGUGGCCUCGACAGAUAUCUCCCACAGAGUGAGAACGGAAGGACGGUAUUGACAACGCGCUCCCGAGAUGUAGCCAUGAGGGUUACCGAGAAGACGGUUAAGCUGGAUGAGUUCAGUUUGUCUGAGGCAAAGACCCUCUUGGAGAAGUUGGUAACACGGGAAGUCUUGACUAACGACACCGCCUCGGUAACUGAACUGCUACGCGAGCUGACGUACCUCCCCCUGGCGAUCACGCAGGCAGCGGCUUAUCUGGAGCGGAACGAGGUAUCGAUCGCCGAGUAUCUGAGGCUGUUGCGCAAUACGGAGAAGGAUAUGGCCGAUCUGCUCAGCGAGGAGCUUCCAGACAGGACCCGGUAUAAGGAGGCGAAGCACGCGGUGGCGACGACGUGGAUGGUAAGCUUCGACCAGAUCCGCGAACAGGAUCCUAACGCAGCCGACCUUCUCUCGUUUAUGUCGCAGAUUGAGCCGAAAUCGAUCCCACAAUCGCUCCUGCCUGAGCUGGACUCGAAUGUGCAGACGGUGAGCGCGAUCGGCACGCUGUGCGGAUAUGCCUUUGUGUCGAAGCGGGACGAGAUGCUAGACAUGCAUAGCCUGGUACAUUUGGCCACGCGAAUAUGGCUGAGCAGGGAAGGCCUUGAGCCGCAGGCGGCGGAGACUGCAGUGCGGCAUUUGGCAGGGAGUUUUCCGACUGGCGACUACGAAAAUCGGCACAUUUGGAGGACGUAUCUGCCGCAUGUACUGCGUAUACUGCAACGGGCCGGCGCGGGUGACAUAGAGGAGAAAUACAAAUUGUCCUUCGGGGUUGGACGGUGCUUGAAGGUCGAGGGGCGGAUUAAGGAGGCUGUACGUUGUUUCGAAGAGUGCUGGCGGUGGCAUAGUGAGCAAUCCAUGGAGGAACACCCUUCACGACUGGCGUCGCAGCACGCGCUCGCAGGGGCAUACCAGGCCGACGGACAGAUCAAGAAGGCGGUAGCGCUGCUAGAGCAGGUGGUGGGAGUUCAAGAGAGGACGCUCGCGGAGGAACACCCUUUACAACUGGCAUCACAGCACGAGCUCGCAGGGGCAUACCAGGCCGACGGACAGAUCAAAAAGGCGGUAACGAUGCUAGAGCAGGUGAUGGCAGUUGAAGCGAGGACGCUCGCAGAGGAACACCCUUCACGACUGGCGUCACAGCACGCGCUCGCCGGGGCAUACAAAUCCGACGGACAGAUCAAGAAGGCGGUAACGAUACUAGAGCAGGUG